CAUCCUCAAAUAACGUUUUAUUCUACGUGUUGGCUUUAAUUAACUGCGUCAAUGUCUUUUUCUUGCGAUUACACACUGGAUUGCCUGAAGAGAGACCAUUCAUCCAUCACAAGAGAAGAAGACUUGUUUAAAGUAAAUAAAACACAAACAAGAUUAAGUCUCAAAAUGAUGACCACCAGAGAGCGAUGGCGAGUUUGCAAGCACAUUGGCAUCAUGUUCUUCUUGGCUGUAGUGACACUUACCAUUGUCCAGAGAGGAAACAUCAACUCAUUACAAGACGUACAGACAGAGAGCAUUGAAAGACAGACGCGAAUGGAGCUCAUGUCAGAAGACAGUUUGCAGAAAAGGGGCCACCUUUCCGCCCCAACUAACUUCUGGAAGAAUAAGGUGCAAAAAGUGGAGGCCACCACAGAAGAUCCUAGAAUCACCCAAAGCCAAGGGCCCACAACCUGGGAUAUCACCAGCUCAAACUGCAGCGCCAACCUCAACUUCUCUUCUUCAGAGUGGUUCACAGGACUGGAACCCAAUUUCAAGCAAUUCCUGCUCUACAGGCACUGCAGAUACUUCCCUAUCCUUAUCAAUCAUCCAGAAAAGUGUGCUGGGGAUAUCGAGUUGUUGAUGGUCAUCAAAUCGGUAAUAACGCAAUACGAUCGAAGGGAGCUUAUUAGGCAAACUUGGGGCAAAGAGCAGGUGAUUAACGGCAAAAGAAUCAAGACCCUUUUCCUUCUUGGGUCAUCUUCCAAUGAUGAUGAGAGGGCGAACCACCAGAAGCUUCUGGAAUAUGAAGAUUACAUUUAUGGAGACAUCCUACAAUGGGACUUCAUGGAUAGCUUCUUCAACCUCACCCUCAAGGAGAUCCACUUCCUGAAAUGGUUCGCCACCUACUGCGGCAGCACCCGUUACAUCUUCAAAGGAGAUGACGAUGUGUUUGUCAGCGUUCCCAACAUCUUGGAGUACCUGGAAGACAGCCAGGACUUGAGCAAACUCUUUGUUGGCGAUGUUCUCUUAAAAGCCAAGCCCAUUCGCAAAAAGAACAACAAGUACUAUAUUCCACAUGCCUUGUAUAAUAAGACCCACUACCCACCGUAUGCUGGUGGAGGCGGUUUCUUGAUGGGCGGCCCUCUUGCACGUAAACUCUACGGAGCGUGUGAAACUCUGGAACUCUAUCCCAUUGACGAUGUGUUUCUUGGGAUGUGUCUGGAUGUGCUUGCAGUGCCCCCAAUAAAACAUGAGGCCUUCAAAACAUUUGGACUGGUCAAGGAUAAAGCCAGUAAGCUGAAUAGGGAGCCAUGCUUUUAUAAAAGCUUGAUAGUGGUACAUAAAUUGCUCCCACCGGAUCUCAAAAAAAUGUGGGCACUGGUCAAUAGUGAUUUGGUCUGUUCGCAAAAAAUGGACUUUUUAUAGCCCAAGACUAAGUCUCUGUGUUCAUGAAAAUUUGAAGGAAACAAAAUAAAGAAUGUGUGAGAAGAAUUUUGAGGUUACUCAAAUGCAAAGUACUCCUUUUUUGAGGAGGUUUCUGGACUAUAUUUUAACCUUAUUUAUGUACCAAACAAGAUAAAUGUAAUUUGGAUAAUGUGAACAAUGGUUCUGAUUCGCAAGUUUUGAUUUUCUGUUAAAAUAGUUCUUUCAUAACAUUCUUGUGAAUUGUCACAGAAUUUACUCAAGAAUGAUUUUACGCAGUGUUCGAAUUGUGUCAGAGCUCUUGGGGGGUCCCAUUAUGCUGCCUUCACAUUGUGUUGGAAUUACUGUAAUUCGGAGAUUCUACUUGGAGCUGUUCAUGUCCUUGGGAAGUUAUUUGUUUCAAUGUGACACUCAUAAUGCCAAAACGGCUUUGUUGUUGAUAGCGAAAUAUCACUACAUUAAUUCAUUAUCUCACCUCUAUAUGUUCUUGCAAAGUGUUUAAAGUGCUCCAGGCAUCAAUGGCAUAAUAAAAUAUCAUUUCAAACAAAAAUAUGUGUUAAGGCCACUGCCAUAUUGAUUAUUUUUACAUGAUGUCAUGACUGUCAAGUCGGAGCUUUCAACGAAUUCAGAGCUUACAACUUGUAUUUACGUGUUCUACGAAGAUGUGAAUGCUUUUUGCAAGUCGGAAUCUCGGAAUUAUGGUUAUUAUGACAUAAUGUGAACGCACCAUUAAAGGAAUAGUUCACCCAAAAAUGAAAAUUCUCUUACCAUUUACUCACCCUCAUGCCAUCCCAGAUGUGAACGAAUUUAUUUUAUUGCUGAACACUAACAAAAUUUUUUAGAAUAAUUUCUCAGCUCUGUAGGUCCAUACAAUGCAAGUAAAUGGGUGCCAAAAUUGUGAAGCUCCAAAAUCCACAUAAGAGCAAAAUAAAAGUACUCCAGAUGACUCCAGUGCUCUACUAAAGCAAAAUGAUAGGUGUGGGUGAGAAACAGAUCGAUAUUUAAGUCCUAUUUUUAAAAAAAAUCUUUUUACUAUAAAUUUUCCUCCCUGCUCAGUCAAUCUCCACUUCAGUUUCACUUUCCCAUUCUUCUUCUGUUUUUGGUGAUUCACAGUCUUAAUGCAUAUCAUCCCCUAAUGGGCAGAGAGGAGAAUUUAUGAUUAAAAAAAAAAGACUUUAAUAUUGGUCUGCUUCUCACCUACACCUAUCAAAUCAUGUCUGAACACAUGGAUUUAACCACUGGAGUCAUAUGGAUUACUUUUAUGCUCCCUUAAUGUGGAUUUUGGAGCUUCAAAAUUUUGGCACCCAUUCACUUGCAUUGUGAGGACCUACAGAUCUGAAAUAUUCUUCUAAAAAAUUAAUUUGUGUUCAGCAGAAGAAGGAAAUUCAUACACAUCUGUGAUGCCAGGAGGGUGAGUAAAUCAUGAGAGAAUUUUCAUUUUUGGGUGAACUAUCCCUUUAAUUGAGGAUCCACUCUGCCAGUGUCAAUCUGUCGCCAUCUGUAAAUUUAGACGGAAACAGUGCAUAAACUGUUCUGACGAAGAAAAAAAAAAUCUAAUUUGGAUUACUUAUUAAAACUGGGACAGAUAAUGGACAAUGUUAUGUUGUAUCAGCCACUUAACCACCCCCCUAACCCCCCAAAGACAACCCCUCCUCAGUUCAAACACUGGUUUUGCAUACAAUUAACUUAGCAUGAAGUCAUGCGUCAGAAGUGUCAAAAGUAUGUGAUUGUCCCAAAUAGUAGGAAGCACAUUCUCUACCUCACCAAUUUAGUUUUAGCUGCCACUCUUUGGAUGAAUGUUAUCUUACAAUGUGUUUUCAAAGUGCAUUCAGAAAAUGUACCAUGUUAUUACUGCUGAAAUGAUGUACAUUUCUCAAAUUACAUGACAUUAUGUAUUUUACAUAUAUUUAAAUGAUUGUAACCCUUUUCUGGCUUACUUAAAUGUCAAUGCCUGUCAUAUGAAGUAUACAAAAUGAUUUGAUUUUCUUAUAGAUUUCAGAUGCCUUUGGUAGAGGGUUUAAUUUAAAACUGUGAAACAACAAACUGUUGGUACAUGUAAAUAAUGAAUUCAUUUAUGAAAUUCCUCCUUGGAUCGGAAAGGUGUUGGAUAUUUAAUUGAACUUCAAGGUUACGUAAAACACAGACAUUUGUAAUCCAGACUACGUGGUGUGAUUGUGUAAAAACCAAAAGAACUGGAAUGAGCAAAUUGAGGUGAAAAUGGAUUAGUAUUUGUAAAUAAACAAU